AUGUCAGAACCGUCUACUCUUGGUAAGCAAGAAAAGUGCUGCAAGUGCAGAAUAUCUUCCGGUCCUCAUGACCUUGUACCAAACGAUCUUCAUUACGCUGCGUGUACAGGCAAUGUUCAACUUGUCGCCAAACUGAUGCAAAAUGAGUUGUCCGACCAACCAGACAAAUCUCACCGUUGCUGUUCAAAAUUCCAAACAGGAUAUACACCGAUGCACUGCGCUGCUUUCGGCGGACAUUACGAUUGCCUUAAGCUUUUGCUCAGUCAACCACAAGGAAAGCCAAACACUGCUGAUCCCGUCGACGGAAGAACUCCGGUUCACCUUGUUUGCUGGAAGGGACAUGCAGAUUGUCUUAAGUUGCUUCUCGGUAACGGAGGUAACUUACAUCUUCGUGACCACAAGGGGAAUACGCCAAUAGCCUUAGCACGGGAUUACGCCUGUUUGUCAAUAAUUCUUCUCCAUCUUCUUGGUAAGUAAAUAUGAAACACGCUAGGCCAUAGGUAGGUUUUAUUGAAUUGUAGGUUGAGGGUUGAACGCAUUCAGAAAGCCUUCCUUUCAUCCGUAGUAUGUACUCAGUGAACUGUGAACUGUACGCUUGUGGUGUGAUCAGUAAGCAGGAGAAGGGUAUUAAUGUAUUUUGUCGUUUUUUUUUUCUCUAGACUGUUCACAGUCCCCUAUUUUCUCGUAAGAUCGCCGGGAUCGAGCGCAUACCGGUCCGAGCGGUCAUCUUGGUUUUAUAUGUACCGACGGGGUGUAGCGGGCGUCGGGGUUUAUAGCACGGUCAGCGGCAGUGCUAAUUUGUAAAGGGGAAAACUACGUUUUGUAAAUUUUAUGAGGUGUCCGAAGGGGCUACGGUCGAUGGGAUCUAAUGAUAACCUUAUUGCGCUUCCUCCCAAACUCCCCCCCCCCCCCCCCACCGUAAGAAGAUUUGACACACAUCCAAGGUGGCCUCCCCUAACUCAAAGUCUUCGAUCUCGACGAUUUACUGAAAAAUAGGGGACUUUGAACAGUCUAUUUUCUCACUGAUUGAAAUGAUUACUGAGAGCGUAAAACCUUGCUAAUAAAUAACCCUUACUAUUAAACGAUAUAUAUCCUAAGAAAAAUCCUGGAUCCGCCCCUGUGGUUCGAGCCUGAACUUAUACCCACACCUCACGUUUUGCAGACUAGUUCAAUGUUGUCCAAACAAUUGUUGUAAUGCUUACUAGCUAUAGUAAUAACCAAAGGUAAUGGGGUGCGAACGACAACGACCGAAGGUCAAAACGCUUUUGCUCCAUCACUGUGCUAGUGUGCUUUACGUAAGCUUCACGUGAGAGAUAGUCAAAACACGCGUGAUCAGAUUACGAAUGAUGGAACGUCCGAACACGGGUGAUCAAAUAGCCUGGGUAGCAUUGCGGUUUUGGUUGGGCGCGCAAGGUAAUAAAGGCGGGCGAGGGCAGAGAAACCGCGAGGAGAUUGGGGCGGGAGCAACGAUUUUUUUGGGGGGGCGGCUUUGCCGCUCAGUGGUGCUCCUGGCAAAACCGCCAUGCUACGCAGACUAGUGACCAAAUUGUGUUCUGUGCAUUCCAUUCAUUCUUACUAAAAGUCCAAACGAAAGACGGCAACAUAGAUGCGAGGCAUGCGUAAUAACAACCCGGAGAUUAGGACUGUGGGCUCCUCUUCUCGCCCGCAAUUAAUAUCAUUAUUCAUGUAAAAUAUGCUGGCGUAUUCAAUCUAUAAAAACCGAUAUCAGAAAACCAAUCGAUAUAAAUCGAUACUCACACGCUACGAAGUUCUAACAUUAUCGAUUUUAUCGUUUUUAUCGGAUUUAUCGAUCGUUAUAGGAAUAAAGCACCGCUGUGUCUGCCACGCGAUGCGGCGGGAAGGUUUGAUAGUUUUGCUAACUGACUGUGUGUAGUGGAACUAUUCAGAACAUUGAAACCUAGAGAGUUCAACCUACGUAUUUCAAAGUGGACCUUUAUUCUAUUUUGUUUAUGUUUUGCAAGACUUCAAUAAUUAAUAAAGUUAAUCUCUACAUUGAUUUAUCACUAUUGAAACUUUUGAAUAAACAAUAAUAUGAAACAAGUCUUGGAUGAAAUAAAGAUUCUGCAAAAAAAAUUUUAGACAAUGACAUUGGAAAGAAUUUCUGGGUUGUUUUUGCAUUCUAGUUAUAUCUGUUGUUGGGUUUCUUUUCGAUACUACACGUGAUAAGAUUUUUCGAUAAAUCGAUAAAAAUAAUUGAAAAAUCGAUAAUUAACGAUUACUCACAUCAGAUCCUUUUAUCGAUUUUUAUCGACAACUAUCGAUUAUCGACUUUGUCGCUUGAACGCAGGGAAAAUAUUUCUCCGCUUCUUACUGGCUCUAAUCUAAUCUAGGCGUUGAUCUGAUAGAAGAAGGGACCUCAACCGAGACGCGAAGUUGCGUUAGCUCAACUGUUAUGUUAGAGCUGAAGAAUGUGAAUUUUGAUGUCCUUUUGCCAAAGCUUACAGUAUUCCUUUUUAAUAUAGAUCUAUUUUUAAAAAUAAAAUAUUCUUCAAAUUUUAGACAAAACAGAUUCUUGUACAUAGAGUUCACCUAACCGUCAAAUUAUGGCCUAACAGGUUUUUAAAACCAGGUUAUUACACGCGGGUUUUUACUGUAUAAAGAGUUAGUCGACGUUCUUCGAGUGGGUUUUUGUGACUUCUUGCAAUUUUACACUGCCGCCUGGUUAGCGCAGUUGGUGGAGAGUGCCGGUCUGCUGAGCGGGAGGUCGCGGGUUCAAACCCCCGGCCGGAACAACACUCGGGGUCAUUUAAUAACUGAGAGGAAACUGCUACCUUUGCAAUGACAUCUGCAAACGGUUAAACUUCUCGGAUAAUGACGAAAAAGCGUAGGUCCCGUCUCACAGCACUUUCACCUGUCUGGUUCUUGUGUGUAGACUAGUUCGAAAAGAGUAGAGGCAGUAGACCCCGGUGGUGUGUCAGACCUUUCCUGGGCUGGGUAGGUUAGUCUGCAAGGAGAGAUCUAGAUAUAGGGAUAUCCACGUGAUCCUCCUUCAGGAGUCGUAAUGGCUACCUGUAAACAGUGUAUGUAUGUUUUAUACCCAUCAUACUCAGCACCAUGCAAUAAUUGUUUAUCAUUUUUUAAAAGAUAAACAACAAAUCCUGACCAGUUAAUUACUUCCCCAAUCAACUACUGAACGUUAAAUGUAAUUCUAUGUAUUGCCGAAUUUUUUUGUCUUUUAAGUAUAUCUGAAAUUGAAGUUGUUUAAUUUACAGAUUAUCUCGUUACAAGUGAGGAGGCAUCACAGAAAGCUGUUGUCUCUGAGGCUGUGGUACAUGUGUGGUUCAGGCUCCACAGUGAGUAUGGUGUAAUUCCAGAUCUAGAAUCAUGUGAUAUUGACGAGAUCGACAGAGCAUGCGCACCUCUUGUAUGCUACGCCGAAACAGCUGAAAUUCCCGGUAAGUUUUCGCAGCUAAAUGUAAUGGAGACAUAAACGCGAAAAUGUAUUCAACAGUGUCUAAAUCUAAGUCCAAAUCUAAGUUAAUUACCAUAUCAAUCUCCCCGGCCCUGCGAGAUAUAUAUCAUACAGGAGUAUAAUCAGCGGUCUUUGCUAUAAUAGUGGCUAGUGUUAACAGUCCUUGAAAUGUUUAAAUUAGAUAGGCCAUUUUUAAAAGACUGGGUUGAGGUUGUGGUUUGUUCUUUGGUGCAUUUUUACCCAUAAUCGAUUCAUAAGGACUUCCACUUAAUUGCGAUGACUGUUAAUUACAGAGAUAACUUCGCAUACGACUUUCCUCUAUGACCAUAUCAUUUGCUUGUUUUUGUAUGAGGUCAUUUCCGAGUUAACCCAAGCCUCUUUUUCAAAGCAAAGCUAAAUGCAAAGCCAUAGAUGUGAAAAUGAAUUUUUAUUCAAAUGCAAAUAAAACUCUAUUUCAUAAGAAAAGUUCUCCACUUAGCCUCGUUUUUAAAGUGAAUGUGGCCAUGUUUCCCUGAAUUCAACUUGCCUCUGCAAAAGAAAAACAGGGUGUUCCCAAUUGUAUACCCUUUGCAGAUUGUCCUUUAGUUUAUAUGGAAUACAUACAUGUUCCUGCAUAGUGUUUAGUAUAUCAGAAUGUUUAUUAGUCGGGUAUUCAUCAGCUAAACUACUCAAGUAAAUAAAGGCAUGGGUUAAAAGCUAUUUUCGUCGAAAACUGAGGGGGUGGUCUAUAUUGUCACUAUUUAUCGUAAACUGUAAAUUGUGAGUAACAUGCGAUUUCUCCAAAAGUUUUACUUUUUAUCACAUAAAAAUUAUGCAAAUUAGAUCACGCGACCUCCUACGGCCACAAAGUCCCAAAAAAUCUUUAAACUAAAAUGGCAGCAGUUUAUAUUCGAAGUUAUUCAACUUAAUUUCUACAAGACAACUUACAGUAUACAGAACUACAAAACCGUGCUUGGCAACAUUUGAAUAUGUAAUUACUUUUGUAGAUAAAGGGUUUUUUUGAGUCCCCCAUUACAAGUAAUUCCUUUAAUGAAACUUUUCCUUUACAAUAUAUUAACAUUGCCAAGCACAGAUAUGAUAUACCUCAAGGCCUUAAAAUUAUGCAACUAGUAAAAAAAUUAACGACACAAGAAAAAGUGUGCGCAUUUUAAUUAAAGGCUUUUUUAGCUGUGGCGAAAAAUAAUAAUAUGUUUGUCCGACGACACUUUUUCACUGAAUAAGUAUACAGGCCCAUUAACUUGAGUAUGCGAGGCACUUUUUGUUUUUGUCAAGGAAGUGCGGUUGGAGUUGUUUAAAGGUCAUCCCCUGGGCAGCGUUGAUAAUGAUUCUAAAAGUGAGUUGGUGAUUAAAAGACUUUGUUACAGCGAAAGUAAUACAACUUGGCCCGUUUGUUUCUGCACAGAGCCUGAAGAAGCUACAAAUUUGCAGUCAAAGAGAAAAAUUCCGGAGGAACAUGCUUCACAGUGUUUGCCAAAAGUAGAGGAAUCACAAGUUCCUUGGCUUCAUUUUGAAGAAUUAGUUCUCAAGUGCAGGGAGAGUGCGGAUUUCCCACCUUGUGUUCAAAAGGACAAACUGAAACAGAUGAUAGACGUGGAUGAAACGUUUGAAAGAAUGCUGAACUUUUAUCACAACAGAGGAUUGAUCAUACUCCCAGGUAACUAGUUAUAUUUCCAUUCUGUGAAGCAUUGUUUUGGUAACUUGAACUUUUUUGUAUUGUGAGUUAUACAAAAUAGAUCAAAGUAUUGAACAUAAGUUAAAAGUUCUAGGCUUUUAUCACAACUAAACCUACCCAAGGCAUUUAGCCCAGAACUAUAAGCUGAGCCCUAAUGAUCAGUUUUUUACAGUCUUUAAACGCCUGACCCUGUUUAAGACAAUAAUUGCUCAUUUCGCCACCCUGUUUAAGACAAGAGACCUUAUUGUAUGACCCUGACUCGUUUCUUUUUGCAUACAGACUUUUCAUCCUAAUAUCAUGGAACUAAAUUUUUUUGGGAAAAAUCUUUAGUGCCACAAAUGUAGACCUGCAACCUUUACAGUUUUUUAAUAGCUUCCUGUCCAAAGACAGACCCUGUUAAAGAGGCCAAAUAGUGAAAUUGUAUACCUUCACUGAAAAUCGAAAAAGAUCUGUUUCAGCCCAAAAGUAUGAAUUCAGCCCUGAAGGCCAAGGUCUGAUUCAGCCUUCCUGGAGCCAAAAAAGGCCAAAAAAGCUUAAUCAAAAGGCUAUUCCAGCCCACGCUAGGGCCCAUUUCAGCCCUUGGGACCAAAUCAGCCCUAGCUAAUUGGAGUGUAUUGGCCCUGAUUUAAGGAAGCCAAAUUAGACUCAAAAAUAGGACUGUAUUUUACUCACCAAAACGGCCCCAUUUUUAGGGCUAAAACAGAUCUUUCUGAUUUAGAGUGUUGUUUAACACUCGGGACCCUGAAAACCAUACCCUGUUAAGCGGCACAUACCAGUCUACGCCAAAUAAGGGAGUGACCCUCAGACUCCUUGGCUGAACUGGCCUGUAAUCCAAAGCUAGUCAUUUUUUUUUUAAUGAUCUACCUCCAGAAAAGUUAAUCACAGCAGAGAACCAGAGCUCCGAGAUUAAAGACUUGGUAGUAGUCAAACCCCAGUACCUCGUGGAUUUGAUAACCAGCCUAAGUAAAGAGCCAAAUCCCUUGGUGUUUGCUCAGCGAUAUAAGCAUCUCUCAAAGAAGCUACAAGAUAAAUGUAUAACCGACAUCGACCAGAAACAAAUCUUCAGAGACCCAGCUAGCCCUGUAGCAGAGAUUGUUCGCAGUUUAGAAGAGUUUGGUUUGCUGUGUCCCAUUUCAAAAUUACCACAAGUUACUGAACCAAAAAGCCACGGUGAAGUUCACGACAUUGAGACACGGAUAGGCAAAGGGGAAUGUUUGAAAAGAAAAUGGAAAAGGCUUUGUGAAGAAAACUGGACUGACAUUUGCGACUCGGAUAAAGUUCUUGUGUUUGAUUUCUACAGGUCUCUUCCUCCUUCCCUCUUUCAGUAUUUCAUCGAUCGCAUAGCUGUGGAAAGUAAACGAAGCUAUGGCAUGAGGCCCAUCAAAGCCAAAGAGAUGGCCAUCUUUUCUUUUGGUGACAGCUUCUUCUUCCUUGCGGAGACAUGCCCAAAGUUUAACCAGAUUAACAUCAGUGCAAGGUAAGGCAAUUUACCUUACGAAGCUGCAACGUUAAUUACACUGUAUUUUGGCCUGCGUAGCUGGCGGGACUGUUGUGCCCGGGGUACUUUCUUGGCGGCAGAGAUGCCAAGCGAAAAACUGAUUUGACUAGCUCCCAAUCUUCGCUAACUUUAUUCUUUCUUUGUUAAACGCCUUUGGUUAAACAAAAAUCGUUGUUGCCUUGCUAUCGCCGUGUCUUUCUUUGUCAUUAUCAAACUCUCGCACUUUUUAUUGCUACCUGUUCUGGCCAUCGCCAUGUUUUCCGUUUAAAAAUAGGAUUAAAUGGAAAGAAAAGAAUUAACGACGGUUUGUUUUCCACUUGUUAGGUACAAGAAUGGAAAGAAGUUGCAUGAAUUGUUCACCACUCUGAUGACAAUAAUGUCAGAAAUUUGUCAACACCAGUUUAGUUCCCUUAAGUUUGGUUUUGGACCGAUCUGCCCCAUCAAACAAUGCCCAGGUUUGUCCUACCAUGGAAAGGAUCUCCAGUCAAACUCAUCUUCUGAAGUAAGCGAUGAUGAAUUGAAUGGCAACUCCACGUGCGAUGACUGGGCAGAUGACAGCCUUGUCCUUGGAGGUCGCGAGAUCCGUCCUCACGUUAUCUGCAUUGACCCUGCGGAGUCAUCUCGGCCUCUAUGGUGCAACAGUACUCCAAUUCAUGAAUUUGAAGCAAUCAAGGAAUGGCUUAUAACGGUACUAACAGCCUAAUGAAUACUUAGUCAAAUAUGCACGAGAAAGGGUUGUAUGCCCGAGGGGGGGAGGCACUCCUUUAUUUGGAGAAAAGAAUAAGGUUUUCAGGAUCUUUAGUCAUAAACGGGGUAUACACUCUCACUGGUUAGCGUCUUGAGUCUUAAACGAAGUGAUCUGGUUUGACCAUGAGAGUAUGACGUGUGACUUGUCAU